GCCCAUCCCUUUCUCUGCCUGAGAUUCAGGAGGCAUAGUGACAAAACAGCUUUUCAACACGGAAACAGCACAGCUGGAGGGCUGCAGCCAUGAGCUUUCACAUCAGGUUGGACGAUGAAAACAACAUUUUCCCCUGACUGUUUCUGAAGAGCAGCAUUCAAGAAAUUUCCUCUCGGGAAGCUGUGUAAAUAGGUGGAGAGCAAGUGCAUUGCAGCUCCUGAGCUCCAGAGCCCCAGAGAGAGCUGGAUCACCUGUUCUGCAGAGCUGCCCCCCUCAGGGGUUGCUUUCUUUUAAAAAAAGAAUCUUCUAAAGGUACUCUUGUGCAAAAAAUCUCGGUAUUGCUGAAACAGAAAGGAAAAAAGGAGUACUGGGAAGAGCCCAGGAGCCCAAAGGAGUACAGCCCUCAUCCCUGAAGGAACAACCCAGGAAAUGGGCAUAAUGCUAACAGCUGAGAGGAACUUGCUUCGUAUCAGCAGCAAUUAAAACGGAUGGGCAGCAUCAUUGGAACCAUGGGGUGCAGCAGUUCUGUAGCUGACAGAAAGUCAGAGAAUGUCAUUCGAGCUGCAAUCCUCAUCCAGAAGUGGUACCGCUUCACCAUGGCCCGCCUGGAGAUGAGGCGCCGCUAUUCCCUCAGCAUCUUUCAGUCAAUCGAAUAUGCUGAUGAGCAGGAUCAACUGCAGCUAUCCAACUUUUUUACAUUCAUGCUGGAUCAUUGUACUCAUCCUGAUGCAGUUUCUCAAAUUUUCACCAGCCCUAGUGCUCCUCAGGUGGUGGAUGAAGAUUUAUGUUUAAAAGAAUUUGAAAAGAAGAUUGAUGUUCCAGACUCCUAUUAUGGACCACGACUCUCAUUCCCCCUUACUGUUGAAGAUGCCAAUGCUCUCCUUCAUGCUUUCAGGAAUGAACAGCUGCUUCAUGCCCGCUAUGUACUGCAGCUGCUAAGUGAAACUAGGAGGGUUCUCAAGGAGAUGCCAAAUAUCACCCAUCUUUCAACUUCCUACUCCAAGGAGAUAACUGUCUGUGGAGAUUUGCAUGGUAACCUGGAUGAUCUUUUGCUGAUAUUCUAUAAAAAUGGUCUGCCUUCAGAACAAAACCGCUAUGUCUUUAAUGGUGAUUUUGUCGACAGAGGAAAAAAUUCUAUGGAAAUACUUAUAAUCCUAUUUGCAUUUCUUCUUAUCUAUCCCAAUGAUUUACACUUGAAUAGAGGAAACCAUGAAGACUACAUCAUGAACCUGAGAUAUGGAUUCACAAAAGAAGUUUCAAAGAAGUACAAGGACCAUUGGAAACAGAUUUUGUGUCUUCUGCGAGAUGUUUUUAGCUGGCUUCCCCUUGCCACUAUAAUUGAUAGCAAAGUUCUUAUCCUACAUGGGGGGAUUUCAGACACCACAGAUUUGGAUUUCCUGAAUGCACUUGAGAGAAAUAAGUUGAAAUCUUUGAUGCGGCCACCAAAGUCAGUGAGAAACAGACAGGACCAAGUGAAGAAGAGAAUUCCCACGACCAAACCCAGUAAACACAUUGCCAACCAGCAUGUUGCAGGGAAGACACAACACAUCUCUUCAUCGGGCUUCACUGAGCCUUCAGGUUCAGAUUUGCCUCCAGACCCUGCCCUGAAGGAAUGGAAACAAAUCCUUGACAUUCUGUGGAGUGAUCCAAGAAGUCAAAAUGGCUGUACACCAAACAAGUGUCGAGGAGGAGGCUGUUACUUUGGUCCUGAUGUCACUGCCAAGCUGUUUGAGAGAUAUAAUCUGAAGAUGCUCAUCAGGUCUCAUGAAUUUAAGCCAGAAGGUUAUGAGAUCAGUCAUGAUGGGAAGGUUAUCACCAUAUUCUCUGCCUCGAACUAUUACGAAGAGGGCAGUAACCGGGGUGCUUACAUCAAGCUGAAUCCCGAGCUGACCCCUCGCUUUGUGCAGUACCAGGUCAGCAAGUUCACGCGCAGGCAGAAUCUCCGUGAGAGGGUAGGUACAAUUGAAUCAUCUGCCUUAAAGUCCUUACGAGAGAAGAUUUAUGCACACAGGUCUGAACUCAUCAGUGCUUUUGCACAAUACGACGUCAAUGGCACAGGCAGGAUUUCUGUCAACGACUGGGCUGCAGCGAUGGAGUCUGUCCUGCAGCUGGAACUGCCCUGGAGGAUGCUGCGGUCUCAAUUAGCACAGAUGAACUCAGAUGGAGAAGUUGACUUCAUGUCUUGUUUUUAUGAUUUGAAAAUGGGUCAACCUACAAAAGAGGCUCAGCCAGCUUUGGCAGAAACACUGUGCAGGUACAGAAAGGAUCUGGAGAUCAUCUUUAACAUCAUUGACAAAGAUCACUCAGGUUUGAUUUCUGUUGAGGAAUUCAGCCAGACAUGGAGACUGUUCACUUCUCACCUGGGCAUUGAUACACAGGAUGACUCCAUUGACAAGUUAGUCCUCAGCAUAGACUACAACAAAGAUGGCCACAUUGACUUCAAUGAAUUUUUAGAGGCCUUUCAUGUUGUUCACAGACUUGAGAAAAAGGCAACCUCAUGAAAAGGCAGAACUUCUUGUGGGUUGUCUUGGAAGCUCAGCUUGCUGUCAUUAGUAAUAAAAAAGGGCUGCUUAAUAGGG